AUGACGCUUUUUGGAUCGUUGCAAACGACGACUGCGUCGAACCCUACCAAUCCGUUUGGCGGAUCCCUCGCUCAACCUCAGAACCAAAAUCCUCAGCAGUCGGCAUUUGGCACCAGCAACCUGUUCAACCAGUCGCAAGCACUGCAACAGCAGCCGCAACAACAACAACCACAGCAACUGCAGCAGCAGGCCUUUGGCUCUUCUAUAUUGAACACUAGCCAGAAUCAACAAAGAUCCAAGUUAUGGGAGCCUGGCCAAGAUUCGCCCAACCAGAAGCCGGUUGACCAGCAAAUGGCUGAUAUUUACGACAAGUGGAACCCCACCACUUCGAGCACUGUGUUCAAGACUUACUUUUACAACAAAGUCGAUCCCUCGCAUGUGCCCUUCUAUGCCCCUUCCCAGCGAGAAACUCAGGAUGAAUGGGACCAGGCCGUUCGCGAAAAGCCUGGCCCUGGCUUCAUCCCUGCUUUUGCGACUGGUUUCAAGGGAAUUGGGGAGCGACUGCUCAUGCAAAAAGCUGUUUUGGCUCAGUUCAAUGCUCGCCUGCACGAGAUCAACAGCAACCUGGACGCCAUCUUAUCCAAACACGAUCUCGAGACCAAUGUCCGCGCCGUAAAUGCGCGACGAAGACACAUUGUUAUGCGGCAGCGAUGCUUGGCCCUUGCCAGCAAAGUACAAGUUCUUCGAAAUCGUGGAUAUGCCAUGAGUACCGACGAGGAUGAGCUCAAAUCCAAGUUGGAGCAGCUGGACCGCGGCAUGGCAGACCCUGCCCUCAGUGCUCGAACGGAAGAGCUCUGGAGUCGAUUGAUUUUGCUGCGAGGCCAUGCCGACACACUGCGCAAUGAGAUCAACGCAAGAGGAGGUGAUAACGGAGAGGACAUUCCUGAAGAAGCCGAACAAAAGGCAAAGAAGCUCCUCGAAUAUUACGACCAACAGCUGCAAGAGCUGAAGAAGACGGUAGACAGGGUCAAGGAGGAUUACGAGGAGUGGGAGAAGGAGCACAAUCCCGACUCCAAGACUACGAAGAGCUGA